AUGUUGUUGCGCGAGGCCAUCCACAACAAGCAGCUACUUCGCUAUGGCAUUGUUGUGCUAGAUGAAGCCCACGAGCGAACCGUCAAUACAGACGUGCUGUUGGGCAUGCUCAAGGAGCUCUGCGCUAGGAGGCGUGACCUCAAGACCGCUUGUGUGUGUGUGUGUGUGUGUGUGUGUGUGUGUGUGUGUGUGUGUGUGUGUGUGUGUGUGUGUGUGUGUGUGUGUGUGUGUGUGUGUGUGUGUGUGUGUGUGUGUGUGUGUGUGUGUGUGUGUGUGUGUGUGUGUCUGGUGAUCAUGAGUGCGACACUUGAUACUGAGAUCUUUGCCAAUUACUUCAACACCACCAAUGCACUCUACGUGGCUGGGCGUACUUUUCCCGUUGAGGUUUUGUAUUGUCGCGAACCCGUCAAAGAUUACAUGGCUGGGACAAUUGCCACAAUCUUGCAGAUUCAUCGCAACGAGCCCUUGCCGGGAGACAUUCUUGUCUUUUUGCCUGGCCAAGAAGAGAUUGAGAGCAUGCAGCGCACGUUGGAGCAGUGCAUGGAGAGUGCUCCAGAGGGCGUCUCUGAGCUCAUGGUAUGCCCCAUGUACGGUGCCCUGCCUCCACAAGAGCAGCUGCGCGUUUUCGGCCCUGCACCAGCAGGUGUUCGCAAGGUCAUCCUGUCCACAAACAUUGCAGAGACGUCGGUGACGAUUAAUGGCGUGCGGCAUGUGAUUGACCCGGGGCUGGUCAAGCAACGCGCGCACAAUCCCAAAACUCGUAUGGAUGCCCUCUGUGUCACUUCAGUGUCCAAGGCCCAGGCUCGGCAGCGCUGUGGUCGUGCUGGUCGUGAAGCACCAGGUUCUUGCUAUCGUCUGUACACGGAGCCUCUAUUUGCAGAGCUGAGCGAUACGACGCCGGCCGAAAUGACCCGCUGUAAUUUGAGCAGCGUGGUUCUGCAGCUGUUGGCACUCCAGAUUGACGUAGUGGAUUUUGAUUUUAUUUCCCCGCCAACGGAGGAAGCGCUUUUUGCCGCCGUCGAUGCACUGAGCACUUUGCAGGCUGUGGACGAGGACAUGCAACUUACGCAGCUGGGCCGACAGAUGGCUGAAUUUCCCUUGGAACCACAACUAGCCCGUGUCCUGCUGGCAACCAGCCGAUUCAAGUGCCUUGAUGAAAUUUUGACAAUUGUUGCCUUGUUGUCAGUGGAUGCCAUCUUCUUUACGCCCCAGCAAGUGAGGGAUAAGGCCCAAGCAGCGCUAGCCAAAUUCCGGCACAACGAGGGUGACCACGGUACCUACCUCAAUGCCUAUCGACAAUUCCGGCGCAUGAAGCGGGAUCGUGAUUGGUGCUACGACAACUUUAUCAAUGUGCGCAACAUGAAGACGGCGGAGGACAUUCGCAAGCAACUGGCUGACAUUUGCCAGCGAAUGCAGCUGAGCCCCAGCACGUGCAACGAUGACUCGGUCAUUUAUCGCAAGUGCCUCUUGACGGGCUAUGCCAGCAAUUGCCUGCUCUUUCACGAGCUGGUUCAAACAACCAAGAGCUUUAUGCGCGGCUGUUGCAUCAUUGAGCCGGACUGGCUUGAGGAGGUGCGUCCAGGUAGUACCAGCACCAGCAUCUGA